AUGGGCCCAAGCUACAGGGCUCAAAUUUCUGUUAAGGACGGUGAGAAGUGGAGCGCCUAUUCGGAUCUUUGCGAGCCUUGUGUCAUCAGCAACCCUGAGCCGCCGGCGGCUCCGAUGUUGACGGUCCUUGACGAGAGCUCCAUGAAGAUCAGUUGGCUGCUGGACGACUUGGGCUGCGAGCCAAAGCCUACGCGUGUUUCUAUUGCUUGGACAAACACGGUUGGUGGCCCUGGUAUCACAUACCUGGACAAACACGGGGGGCAUCACACGGACAAAGUUCCCACCAUUGACACAGGCGCUAAAGAGGUCAUUGUGAAGUUCCUGAGGACAAAUGUACCGUAUCAGGCACAGAUGGCAGUGCAGAACGCAGUGGGCUGGAGCAAAUAUUCACCCUUCUGCCCGCCAGAUAAGAUUUCAAAGCCGAUCCAGUUGGACCCUCCUGUGCUGGAGGUGGUGCAUGGGGACAGGAUACAGGUGAUAUGGGAACCUCCGAGAUUGGGGCUCCCGUGCACCGCCUACGCCGUGGCGUUGAAUGACGGCAAAGUGACGCUGUACUUAGAUGCCAAGGGUGCGCCCCAUGACAACAAGGACAACGCGAGCAUCAUCCCCGCCACGCAGACUUCGAUUAUGGUCCCUCUGCUGCUGGAGAACGUCCCCUACAAGGCCCAGGUGGCCAGCCGCAACGCGCUCGGUUGGGGACCAUACUCUGCGUUCAGCAAAACCGAGACUGUGGUGAAGGAGAAGAAGAAGGCACCGCUCGUCGCGACAGAGGAGUUUCACCUGUACGAGAAGCGUUGCCGGAUCGCCGUCGCGGCGUCGGCUCUGUACCGCGACCUGCCUCAGGUCGCGCUGACGGUCUUCUUGCUGGCGCGCGACGUGGCGAGCGGUCCGGAGACGAUGGUGUGGCGCCUGCUGAGCGCCCUCCUCACGACGCUUGCAGCGUGGGUCAAGGCGAACCUGGAGCCUGUUCCUAAGUCGGGAAAGUUGCAGAUCUGGAGCACGCUCGACCAUGCACAGUGGAGCACCGGAGGCCUCAUUCUGGCUGAAGCUGAGAGCGCCAGCCUGUUGCGAUUCAAAUGGAGGCGCCCGUACAAGGCGUUCGGUGGAAUAGGAAAUGGCCACGUUGCCGCCAGGCAAGUCCACUAA